UAACUUGACUCUUGUCCAGCCUUACAGGGCAGGCUCCUUUCCCUCAGGAUGACUAGGAGUGACGCAGGGCAGACGAGAAAUACUGGGUCCUGAGGGGAAGAACAGGGAGACAACGGUGGUGAUGCAGGGAGGAACGUAGCUUUAAUUUCACAGGUUCAAGCCCGAUGCACGGCCUUAUUGAUGCCUACACAGAGGACAUGAGAGUCACCUAAACGACGCCUUUUCUGUGAGAGAUAACAAUAAGGCAUAAUCACCUCAUCCUUGGGGCGGAUCAGUUUUGGAUACACUCGCAGGUAACAUUGAUCCCUGUUUCUGCACAUGGAAACGUAGCCUAGUCAUUCCAUUUUCUUACUGAACGCGAAGUUGUAAGUCGCAUCCAGUUGGAGGAUAUUUGGACACCUCUUUCCGUUAUUUCACUAAGUCUCCAUCAUGAACUACCUGCGUCGACGACUCUCGGACAGCAAUUUCAUGUCCAACCUGCCUAAUGGCUACAUGACCGAUCUCCAACGCCCCGAACCGCCGCAGCAAAGCCCCGCAGUGUCGCCAGGGCCGUCGGAGAGGCGCCAGUCCACCAGCCAGCAGCAGCCUAUAGGUGGAGGCUCCGGCUUCUUCUCGUCCAUAUCAAAUGCUGUCAAACAGACCACAGCUGCGGCGGCUGCGACCUUAUCCGAGGCAGCGGACCGGGCAGGAGUCUCCAGCAGUGCCAAGAUCCUCCUGGUUAUCGACGACCAGCAGACCGACUGGGUGAAGGUCUUCAGAGGAAGAAAGGUCCACGGUGAAUUUGACAUCAAAGUAGAACAGGCAGAGUUCUCUGAAAUCAACCUGGUGGCCAAUUCCAUAGGCACCUACAAUGUGGACAUUGAUGCGAUCAGGAAUGGGCACAAGGUUACUAAGUCAUUUAAGCCAGACUUUGUGCUGAUCAGACAGCAUGCCUUCAGCAUGGACAAAAAUGGAGACCACCGGAACAUGGUGAUUGGAUUGCAGUAUGCUGGACUGCCAAGUGUUAAUUCUUUGCACUCGGUCUACAAUUUCUGUGACAAACCAUGGGUGUUUGCGCAGAUGUCUAGACUCCACAAGCAAGUGGGCCCAGAGGAGUUCCCACUGAUAGAGCAGGUUUACUAUCCAAACCACAAGGAGAUGAUCACCUCUCCUCGGUUCCCUGUAGUGAUAAAGAUGGGCCAUGCUCACUCAGGAAUGGGAAAGGUGAAAGUGGACAAUCAAUACGAUUUUCAAGAUAUUGCCAGUGUUGUGGCACUGACCAAGACUUAUGCUACUUCUGAGCCCUUCAUUGAUGCAAAGUAUGAUGUCCGCAUCCAGAAGAUUGGGGACAAUUACAAAGCUUACAUGAGAACAUCAAUUUCUGGCAACUGGAAAACCAACACUGGCUCAUCUAUGCUUGAACAGGUGGCCAUGUCAGACAAAUACAGGCUGUGGGUGGACUCUUGUGCUGACAUCUUUGGGGGGCUGGAUAUCUGUGCUGUGGAGGCUCUACACGGUAAAGAUGGCAAAGACUACAUUAUCGAGGUUGAUGACUGUUCAAUGCCACUGAUUGGGGACCAGCAGGAGGAGGAUCGUGUUCAGAUUGCAGAGCUGGUGGUGUGUAAGAUGAACCAGGCUGUUCCUCGCACUUCAAGCCCAUCCACAGUCCGUGCCACUGCAGGACAGCCAGCACAGAAAGCAGUGUCUCCUCAGCCUGUCUCACAGCCCAGAGUACCACAGGCUCUACAGCGCCCCUCUCCUCAGGGGGGUCCUCAGCAUAGUCCCCCAUCUCAGCAGCGCCCACAGCCUCAAGGCCAACCUCCUGCCCAGGCACAGCAAUCUGCUGCCAGCCCUGCUACCGGUGACCCCAGUGCCCAGGCUAAGGCUAGCCAAGGACCUGCAGCCCAGCCUCGGCCACCAAGUCAGGGAACUCCUCAAGGCCAGAGACCUCCCUCUGGUCAGGGCUCUCCUCAACGAAGCCAGGGAGGUUCACCUCAAGCUCAGAGGCAACAGUCUGUCACUCAGCAGCAGCAGAAACCAUCUGCAGGAGGCCCGGGCCCAAAACCCCCAGCAGGCCAACCACAGCAGCAGAGGCCGGCCCAGCCCCCUAGGCAGCAAUCACAGGGGGGACCACAGCAACAGAGGCCUCCUGGCCAGCAAGGUCGUCCAGGAGCAGCCACUACCCAGCAGCCCCGUCCUGCUGCUCAAGGCCAUGGGGCCCCAGGGGGACGACCACCGCUGCAGCAAAAGCCUCAGCCCCCAAACAAGCCCAGUCAGGACAACCCGACUAUGGGCAGCUCUCCACAACUAAACAAGUCCCAGUCUCUUACCAAUACCUUCAACAUUCCAGAAACCCCAGCGCCACGAGCCAGCCUUAGCCAGGACGAGGUGAAGGCUGAAACCAUACGCAAUCUACGCAAAUCUUUUGCCAGUCUCUUCUCAGACUGAGACGGCAUAAGCCCCCCUACUCUCCUCCUACUGACAGAAAGAUGGACAGGCAAACUGAAGGGCAAGAUUCCCCCAACUGACAAGGACCAACACAAUGCCGCCUCCAAUUCAUGUACAUUGACCCUGAUAUGACAAUGUGCACACUUGAAACCCACUGCCUAAAUUGUUAAAACCUUUUGAAAUGAACAAAAAAGUAGAAUACACAGUAAAUUUAGGCACUGAUGUCUAAAACAUUCCUUGCCUUGCCUCGAGCUUAAGUAAGUCAUCUACUAUUUGUGUCACACAAACAACACCACGCAAAAGCCUGUAUAUGCAUGAACACAUACACAAAAAUAAAGAAACAAAACACAAAACAAACACAAUACUGCUCCCACUUGUUUGUUGGUGCCGUAUAGUCAUUGUGAUCUCUAUGUUAGAAUAACGGUUGGUUUGACGGCCAACCAAAUGAAUUAAGGGACUGUACAAAAAUUAUUGUAGAGGGGACGAGGUAUGAAUCGUAUAUUUGAUUUCAUUAAAAAGCAAGGGUCUCCCCAGUGUUAUUCAACAUCUAAAAAUAAUAUAUUUAUAACAUAAUAAAAUAGUGAAAAUACAGCCACUCUAUUUUUUAAUAAAGAGCUGUUUAAUAAACUGUUACAAUAGCCACAAAAGCUCUGAGCUGAAGGGCUUGUGCACUGCAAUAUUUUCACCCCACUCCAUAUCCUCUGCAUAUGUCAACAGGCCAAUCCAUUGCACACAUUAAACAACAUCUGUUAGAUUUAACUUGUUUUAUGUACCCUCACAAAUAUAAAAUAUUUGCUCUCCCAACAUUUUGACCCCUCCUCCCUGUUACAAUACCCCCCUUUUCUGAACCCCUCCACCCCUAAUAGUUUUUGUACAGUCCCUAACUCAGCACAGCUGCGCACAUAUGAUGUCCAGUGUUAGCUAAUGCGAGAUCUGUUCGAGCUGUUGACCGCUCAUGGUGAUGUCUUAGCUGCAUGUCAACAGGAGGCAAUGGUUGCAUUUUCCAACCCCUGACAUUGGCGCUUGUAACUGUGUUGUCACAUGUAGUUGAAUUAGUUAGCAAAUUAACCUAGUAGGUGUUGUGAGUAUGUUGUUGCUGCCACUUUUCUUCCCAUUUUCAAAAGCCCGAAAGCCCUCCACCUUGAAAGCAUGCCUUACACAGACAAGAACGUCAGAUCAAAUGGAGUUGUCUCAGGGAUGUCCAAUUGAUUGUGACACUUGUAUGUGGGUGAGGGUCUUCCAUUACAGUUUUAUUGUGGUUGUUUACCAGUAAUGAAGGAAAAGCAUGCAUUUUAAUGAGGUAGAAUGUUUUUAUUAUUUCUGAUGCAUUUGCACACAGAGUAAACUGCAAAUAUUAUACUUGAAUACAGUGACACCGACUGAUGUAUAAAGUCUAUAUUUUCAGGUUUAUUCCUCCGCCAGUUGAUAAAGCAACAACUUGGUGUUCUGACUCUUGGGUGCUGCUGUGUCUGGGUAUACAGAUGUGGUAUAUUAGGAUACAGCAUAGGCAGGGUUGGCAACUGUCCAGGUAUAGAAAAUUUUGAUUAUGUACAGACAGUGUCAUUUCAUAUUUGCUUGAUUUCAAAGCAAUGCAAUGUAAAACUUUGGACUGUAAACUAGCUACAAAUUUAAUGGAUGUACAGAAAGUUGGUGGAAUAUGGCAGGUUGAUUUUAGGGUUUAGCAGUUAGUCAGUGCAUUGUGAUUUUGCACUUGAGUAACUCUAACCCUGAGUCUGUAUCAUACAGUGCAUCAGAGUUUCUGCUUUCAUGUAUGCCUCCCGGGUUUUAAACGUGUUGAAAGUCUGUAAGAAGAGGCUAUACAAUACAGAAAUGAAAUAAUGUAAAGGUACAGGAAUGUCAACUGUGCACCUCUGCAGUAGAUUGAACAUUUCCUGCCACACCUCCUUCGUACUGACAACCCUUUCUUUGAUCACUACUCUGAAAAUCCCAGCUGUUACUAAAAAAACAAUUCUGUUUGCAGGCACUAAAAUGUCUUCCAGAAGGAGUGCUUUCCAUUUGAAUGUGGAUGUAGUAUGGCAAUAUCAUGCUUUUUAGAGAAGACCCAAUAGCCAAAAGUAUAAAGGAGUCCUGGUUCCCUUGCAGAUUCUCCAUGCUGCCUGUGUUUGUCAGUCUAUUUGUGUAGCCACAGUGACCCCUUGUGCUCAAUGGUGCAUAAAUGUGUGAAUGUUGUUCUGUAACUGUCAAACCAAAUAGAUGUGUUGUACAGAGCUCUGAGUGAUGCAGAUUGUCACCUUUUUCCCUUGCUGCUAUUUGUGCUGUUGAUAUUAUAUAUCUCUUUAAGUUUUUCUUGUUUUUCUUCCUUUCCCUUUCAAAGUAGGGAUUUAUUUGGUUUAAAUUAUUUUGUACAUGCUUAAUUUUUUUCUAUGACACAAAACUAUCUGGGGCUUGUAAAAGUUUAUGCAUUAGUGAUUUAGGGCUUCAUUUUGAAAUUUUAAAGUCACUCAGUGUGAGUACAUGGCUUUCAGAUUCAUCGUGGCACAGCCUAUUACCAAGAGAAUCAGUAAGAGCCUUGUGUAAUUGUUACUGAGUGUGUAAUUUAUAAAAAUGAGCCAUCACAAUUAGCAUGGAUGGUUAACUUUGAAAAAUGUCAUUCUGUCACUCAGAGGCCUCCUGGCCAUAUUAAGACAUACCAUUUACCAUGGCACCUCCUGAGAAGUGGGAAAUAGUUUUAUGUAUUUAUGUUUUAUAUUCACAUUUAUUUCUUUUGAAAAGUUUACAUUAUUUAUGGUGAAUAUAUUUGACAGUGAAUGUACGUUUUAUUUUGUUACAGGUAGUUUGAUAGAUUGUUUUCUAAAUGCAUUGUAUAAUCAUUGUGAAAAGAUUAAAUCCUUACAAAUCUGAGUGGAACUGAUUGUCAGUCGAUGCCUGCCUGAAUCAUAAAUGUAAGUGCAAGAAUCAAAAAGCUGAGGUUUUUGUCAAUCAAAAAACAAGAUACUACAUAAUGUAAAUCAUGGUGGAUUAUUGAAUUAAAUGUAAAAAAAAAAAAAUAGAUUUGAUGUUAUAUGCAAUGUAGCUAUAUUAUGUGAAAAUGAGUGUGUUAUUAGAACAUGCACAUGUCUAAUAAAGUCUAUGAUCAACAAUGA